CUAUUGUUGCAGUGUUAUUGGUGAAUUAGCUCCAGUUGUAAACAUUAACGGAUAUAUAUGUUGCGAAAUACAUGAUUUUUGGUGCUCCACAAUUUACCAAAUUUUGACUGUUGUAAACUGACGCAGCAGUGUACUUCUUCUGCACACCAGUGUAAAAAAAAUAAAAGUUCAGUAUCUGGGGUAGUGUGUGUUAUUGUAAAUCUUGUUUGUGGCGACACGCAAGUCUCCAACCUAGUCCGAUGUCUAAAAGUUUCUGUAUUGUACUUGUUUGGCGCUAAUUUGUUUACUGAAGAUACUUCUAAAACAUCUGAGACCAUCCAGUGAGUUCUGUGUAUUCAUGAUGAAUUUGCCAGUUGGCAUAGUUGCAAUGUGUUUUGUGAAACGCACUGUUUGAAAUGUCUUCUGACUGCAGCCACAGGAGAGUAAAGUGUGCUGACUAUUUGCAUAUCCAUAAAAGACUAAAUGUUUUGAUAGAAUAACAACAAUUAUAGUAUCUGAACAAGGUGAAGCCUCCCAAGGUGCAGAUUUUGCAUCAGUAGUGGAAGAAUUACAUACCCUGAAUCAGUCAACUACAGAGCUGAAGUUAAAGCCAAGAAACAUGCAACACUUUUGAAGUCAUGAGGAGUGUGUUGAAGUUCAGACAAGGCAGUACUACUAUGCAAGUAUGCACAUGAAAAAUUCACCAGGCUGCCUGCUGUCUUCCGUCAAGACAUGAAAUUCAAGUCAGGACAUGAAACCCUCCCUCCCCCCACAGCCCGCCCGUACUCCAAGUCUGUCACUGUGCAUUUGGCUCUAUUCAAGUUAACUGCCUAGUGUUUUAUGUUAUUUACAUGUUAUGAAUUGAAAGUUUGCACGCUUUCUUAAAAUGAAGCAGUCAGUCAAACCAGUUACGGUGGCACUCAGAGUUAGGCCUUUAACAGAAAGUGAGAGAACUCGUUCCAUUGCGAGCAUUAUUAAGCAACCUAGCAAUCCAAAGGUUGUUAUUAUAGGAGAGCGUGGAUUUUCUUUUGAUCAUGUAUUUAUCGAGGAAGGGCAGGAGACCAUUUUUAAUUUACUUAUGACACCUGUCAUAGACAAGUUAUUACAAGGUGUUAAUUGUUCUGUUAUUGCCUAUGGACAAACAGGAACCGGAAAAACAUAUACAAUGGGAACAGAACCACAGGCCUUUGGUGACACUUUAAACUCUGGUCUUAUAUCAAGAACAGCUAAAAGAUUAUUUGAAAGCUGUUGCAUCUCUGAUGAUACGCUGACCAUAUCUGUUUCCUUUGUGGAAAUAUAUAAUGAAGAGGUAUUUGAAUUAUUAACUGACCAGCCAGUGAGACUGGAUGUGAAAGGUUUCCAGAUUCGAGGCCUGAUGUCUGUACCAGUGAAAACAAUGGAUGAUGUUGGCAACCUUUUAUGCAAGGGAACUAAUAAUCGUCAUACAAGACCAACACUUCUUAAUAGCAGCUCGUCUAGAUCACACGCCAUAUUCACUUUUAGAUUAUGUCGGCAUAUUGGAAAUGAUGUACUACUGUCAGAGUUACACAUGGUAGAUCUUGCAGGAUCAGAAAGAGCAAAGAGAACAGGCACCUGUGGUGAUGCUUUCCAGGAAGCUGUAUGUAUCAAUAGAGGCCUGCUGGAGCUGGGAAACGUAAUUCAGAGCUUGUCAUCAGGCCGUCAUGGAAAUCAUGUUCCAUAUCGAAAUUCUCUUCUCACUUCUGUGCUACAUGGCUCUUUACAGAUUCAUAAUAUGAUUGCCAUGAUAGCGUGUGUAAGUCCUUCGGAACUUGACAUGGCUGAGACUCUCAACACACUUCGUUUUGUUGAGAAAUCCAAGAAGGUUAUGCAGGCGAUUGAGAUAAAUAAGGUUGUCCAACGCCACAAGAAUAAAGCCAUACCAAUUUCAUCUGCAAUUCGUCCCAGAUACCCACUUGCUCUACAUAACUAUCAGUAUAGUUCUGUUGCAGGAAAUGCAGGAAACGGGCAGUGUGGAACAGGUAUAUCAUCAGGUCCUUUUGAUAGUGUGUGUUCCCUGAAUACAGAGGAAAACAUCUCGUCAAAAGUGAAUGAUGGAAGUGGAUUUAUUAGUCCCAUUGUGAAGAGGUGCUGUGACCAGAUUGAAAGUAAUCUCAAUGAGAAGAUAGAGCAAAUUGUGCUGAUGACUGUACAGAAGGAAAAGAAAACUAGAAAUUGCGUUGCAAACAAUGUUUCUGCAAUGGUUUAUAGUCCACUGCUCCACAACUCUAGGGAACUACUGCCUCUUUCAAAUGACAGAAAGACAGUGUUUCGGAAAGAGAUUGAGAAAUUCCAAGAACAAAUGAGAGAAGCAAUGAAGUUAGAAAUGAGAAAUAUUAUCCAAGAAGAGGUAAAAGUAGCACUCACUAACACUAUUUGCUCAACUGUUGAAGUCUUGCAGAAGAAAAAAUGUAGUCCUGGACGAGCAGCACCACUAUUGUGUCGUAGGCUGGAUUUUGAACACAACACAUCAGCCACAGUAAGUCAAGAAGAUAUAAAAGCCCAGCCAAGGCGCUCUCUGCGUAUAUUUGGGAGGGAGAAACAAAAUAUUUCUCCUUGUAAAGGAAACAGUCUAGUUACUAAAGACAUUCUGCCAAAUGUUGAUUUUAGGGAUAAUGGUAGGCAGAUGCUUUCCAGCACACCAUUGCCCUUCCCUUUCAUUUCCUUGGGAAAAGAAAAGACACAGGAUGAACUAAUCACUCCAAAGAAAGGAUCAUUCCUGUCUCCAAAGAGAUAUGACUGCAUUCCUGACAGUUUGGAUUGUGGAGGUACAUGUGAUGCUCCAGCUUACUGUAGAAGAAACAAAACAAACAGUGUGGAAGCACAGAAUACAAGGCCUCGGCGCUCUAUGCGACUUUCUGUGAAAUAUUUGAAUAAUGUGGAAGAAUCAGUUAGAAUUCAAUACAAUCGAACCAAUGCUGUACUUCCCACACCAAAUGGGAACCUCUCAACUCGACAUAGGAAUUUACAGGCACAGAAUACACCAAUAUUGAGAACUAAUCCAGGCCAAAUUAAUCUGGGCAGUUAUGAUCCUGUUAGUCAGUGUUCUCAUGCAACAGAAAUUAUUACCGCGGAUCACAGUCCACUGCCUGAACAGAAGUCCCUACAGGCAUUUGAUUCAGUGAUACAAACUGGCAACCACCAUACUCAAAGUGAUUCUCAUCUUCACAGAUACAACAAUCAUCAGUAUUCUCAUACUGUAAGAGAAAGAUAUCUUAAAGAACAAACUGAUGAUUUUACGGCACUCAACAGUCACAUGGUAUCUUCAUCUCAGGAGCAACAACAAAGAGCAAUUGGCAGUAUUGCGAGAACAGAUAAAAUAAAUUAUCAUAGUCAAAAGGUUGUGUUGAAGAACAGAAACAAGAGGUGCACAAGAAAAAUUGUUCACCAUAAAAGUCCAUUUAGAAGAGAAAGCAUAAAAACACCUAAAAAAAUAAUCAUGAUGAAAGAACUUGUAGCACAUAAUGUUGGCAAUAAUAUUCAUCAGGAGCAUAUGAACCGAAUAAUUUCUAUACUAAACACAGGUAGCACAAGAGAAUUACAGAAGCUACCAACUAUUGGACCAAAAACAGCUUUAAUAAUUAAUAAUUACAGAAGCUUAUCUGGGGAAACAUUUGAAUCAGUAGACGACUUAAGAAAAAUUCCUGGUUUAAAUAAAAACUUUCAUGAGAAAUUUGCCCUGGCAAACCUUGUCAUAUGAACCAUCCCUGAAGAUAUAACCACAGGCCACCAAUAUUUUACACUGAAAUGAAAACACAAAGGGUACUUGCAUUGUUUUUGUGUUCAGUUAUUUCACUUUAGAGAAAAUAGUAAUAAACAGAAUAGGAGGCUCAAGGGUGCCUCAUAAGCACUCUUAAAGCUCACAUUUACAGAACCGCAAAUGUGUAAUUUUUGUAUAUUUAAAGAACUUAAGUUUUUUGAACUUAUUAUACUUGUCUUCUAAUUAAUGUUUGAAACUUCAGAUAUUUUCUUUAUCUAAUAAAUGAUAUGUACUAUUGUGAAUACAUUUGUAGAAAUUUGA